AUGUCAAUACGUCCAGCAACACAUGCAGGCUCAUGGUAUUCCAAUAGAGCCCAAGAAUUAUCUCAACAACUGCAUACAUACUUGAUCAAAAGUACCCUUAAAGGCCCAAUUCACAACGCCAGAAUUAUCAUAUGUCCUCAUGCCGGUUACAGGUAUUGUGGACCCACUAUGGCCUACUCGUACGCAUCGUUGGAUUUGAACCGUAAUGUUAAGAGAAUAUUUAUCUUGGGGCCGUCGCAUCACAUCUAUUUCAAAAACCAAAUAUUAGUUAGUGCAUUCAGUGAGCUAGAGACGCCCUUGGGUAAUCUGAAAGUGGAUACAGACUUGUGUAAAACAUUAAUACAGAAGGAGUAUCCUGAGAACGGAAAGAAGCUGUUUAAGCCAAUGGAUCAUGACACUGAUAUGGCUGAACAUUCCUUAGAGAUGCAGCUCCCCAUGUUGGUGGAAACUUUGAAAUGGAGAGAAAUUUCUUUAGAUACGGUGAAGGUAUUUCCUAUGAUGGUUUCUCAUAACAGCGUUGAUGUUGAUCGUUGCAUUGGUAAUAUCUUGUCGGAGUACAUUAAGGAUCCGAACAAUUUAUUCAUUGUAAGCAGUGAUUUCUGUCAUUGGGGCCGCAGAUUCCAAUAUACUGGGUACGUCGGAAGCAAGGAAGAGUUGAAUGAUGCCAUUCAAGAGGAAACAGAAGUGGAAAUGUUAACUGCUAGGAGUAAACUUUCACAUCAUCAAGUUCCCAUUUGGCAAUCCAUUGAAAUAAUGGACAGAUAUGCGAUGAAAACGCUAAGUGAUACUCCAAAUGGUGAAAGGUACGAUGCUUGGAAACAAUACUUGGAAAUCACCGGAAACACCAUAUGCGGCGAAAAGCCAAUUAGUGUGAUACUAAGUGCUUUAUCGAAAAUCCGUGAUGCCGGUCCUUCAGGCAUCAAAUUUCAGUGGCCUAAUUAUUCACAGAGUUCUCAUGUGACAAGUAUUGAUGAUAGUAGUGUCAGUUAUGCUUCAGGUUAUGUUACUAUAGGAUAA